AUGCCUGCUUACUUAUCCGACCAUCACUACACCGAAAAAGAAAAUUACCGUGCCAUCUCCGUACCAGAGUUGAUACAGCAGUGCUUUGAUGCGAAAAAUAUGAUGGCGGCAUGUGACCGACGUCACGGAAGAUAUCUAAGAGCAGCUGCUAUAUUUAGAGGUAGAAUGAGCAUGAAGGAAGUGGACGAGCAAAUGUUAAAUAUACAAAACAAAAAUUCAUCGCACUUCGUCGGCUGGAUUCCAAAUAAUGUUAAGACUGCCGUUUGCGAUAUUCCUCCACGUGGAUUGAAAAUGUCAACAACGUUCGUCGGUAACUCGACUGCUAUUCAAGAGGUAUUCAAGAGAACUGCUAACCAAUUUACGGGUUCGGGUUGUUCUUUUGACUUUUCAUCAUCAGAAAGCUCUAGUGUGUUUUUUCGAAUCAUGCAACAGAUUUUGCCCAAUACAAACUGCCGCCUUUGUUGGAGUAUUAUUUCUCGGAAGUGGUAG